GGCAGAUAAGACUUUUCCGUCAUUGCAGCUUCAGGGUUCUGCCCUUGGAAUGGCUUUAGUGUAUAGAACUACGAUGCAGUUAGCUGGCAUUUUACUGUGUUUGUUGGGAUGGGUGUUAUCCUGUCUUACUACCUACUUACCACAGUGGAAAAAUCUCAACUUAGAACUGAAUGAACUGGAGAUCUGGACAAUGGGACUCUGGCAAGCUUGUGUGGUCCAAGAAGAAGGGGGAAUGCAAUGCAAGGAAUUUGAUUCUUUUCUGGCUUUGCCACCCGAGCUCAAAAUUUCUAGGAUUCUGAUGUUUGUAGCAAAUGGAUUAGGACUUUUGGGCCUUCUGCUGUCAGGUUUUGGACUGGACUGCUUAAAGGUUUGUGAACAACAACAGGAUCUAAAGAAGAAGUUACUGAUGUUGGGAGGAAUCCUCUUCUGGAUAUCAGGAAUAACAGCCAUAAUCCCAGUUUCAUGGGUUGCUCACAUGACUGUGCAGGAAUUUUGGGAUGAGACCAUUCCAGAAAUUGUUCCCAGGUGGGACUUUGGAGAAGCACUGUUUGUAGGCUGGUUUGCUGGAUUCUGCCUUAUCUUUGGAGGCUCCCUGAUGAAUUGCACCUUCUGCUCAACUGACGCUCACUCAUCCUCUCUUCAUUAUACUAUGGCAGAAAAGCAAGAUACCUGUCAACACUCGGAAAGUGUCAAAAGACCCCAAAGCAUAAGAGUUUGAGAAGACAGAAAGGCUUCUUUUUCUGUUCAGACUCUUAAAAAUGCCAGACAAAACUUUGCUCAGAUUAAUAUUCAAAGGACUCUUUGGUCCUUUGCCGAUUCAUUACUCUUGGGCAUCUAAGUCUUUCUUCCUCUGCUUUUUAUUUAAACAGCAAUGUUUUACCUUUGUUCUUCCAAAGAUGAAAAUGCUGGCUUUGCAGGAAGGGAUUAAAAUGACUGUCUAGAAACUACCACCAUAUAGUUUUGUCUGUUUCAAUGGAAAUGUAAAAACAAAAUGAAAAUCCACCAAUGUUCAAAUAAGACAUAAGGAAAUUUAAUGAUUCCUCAUAUCACACAAUUACACACUACCAGAUUCAGCAAUUAAUUUCCAUGCGUGGUCCUUUGACUUUAACGUCCUGAACAAACUAGAAAUGGGUGGAAUAUUCUGGUGUUAGGGAUCUAAUCUACUACAAGAAACCAGUCGAACUGAUGCAAUGAAAAGUUUUUAGUUGCCAAGUACUCUGCAAGAUUGGCAUAGCGUUUAAAGGAUUCCUCUGGCUUGAUUAAUGGUUAUCUUCUAUGGAAGAACUAGCGAGUCAACACAUGGAAAAUGCCAAGUUCUUUUUCAAAAAUGCUCACCUGGAUACACUUGUGUCUGCCUAUAUUUUUUAAAAUGUGGAAGCAGAAAAUAAACCCAA